CGCAAAGAAGAGCUGGCUCGGUGGGUUGAGAACCAUUGGCCGAUCUCAACCCGGACCCUCCCACCACGUUUGGGAGUGGAAGCCGCGGAACUAAUCCCCGCUAACGAAGACCAGGACCCAGUUGAAGAAGAGCCCGGGGCUCCGCAGCCCCACUACUGGCUGCGACCCCGCCCCACCACAAGAGGACCCCAACAACCGAGAAGGCAGCCACGUGAACCGGAGCAACGCGACCAGCCGCCGUUCCGGCCCAGCAACAUUGAAAACCUGAGGCCGGAACACCGAGUUGAGCUGGCGGUACCAACGGAAGAAGCAUACCACGUAUGCGAAGAGAACAAAAUUUGUAAGGUGCCGCCUGCCCAACUGUUCCAGGCCUGCCACCCCGUUCAAAACGGUGGCAGCCUGGAAGAUCCACGUGCGGAGAGCCGCAUGUCACCAGAACGGAUCUCUCUGCACGUGGUGCGGCCACGUGGUCGUGAUGCCCUCUCCCGACCUCUCGGCCGACCACAUCAAGAUCAUCAUGGACGCACAUCGGGCCGAGAGGUGCGUGGGUGCUCCCAGGAAGGCGAUGGGAGCACGGAACACAUCGGCAUGAUCAUGGACGCACAUCGGGCCGAGAGGUGCGUGGGUGCUCCCAGGAAGGCGAUGGGAGCACGGAGGACCGCCGCCGCGCGCCUUGAGAUCCUGGGGCGCGAUAACUCGCAUAUCGCGCUCCCAGAGGAGGGCGCAGAUGAGGAGAUGGUGCCGAACCCUCGAAAACGGCACCUCACCUCUGAGGCGGCGAGGAGGGCCGACGAAUGCCUCCGGUUCCUCAAGCGGUUCAAGGCGGACAACCCCGAGCUACUGGAACAGCUCGGGGCCGAGUACCAGCUCCGAUUCGCCUAA